CUGUCGCUCAUGUUAGAUAUCAUUUUACUCUAUAGUAGGCUCAGUAUAUUCAACAAUUUAGGGAAAUAACAUACCGCUAAAAUUAAAAAAUGCGACCAGGAUUUGGCUCAAGAGGGACACCCAGAGGUGGCGGAUUUAGAGGUGGAAGAGGUGGAAACAGUACUCCACGUGGAAGAGGAGGAUUUCGAGGUGGUAGGGGUGGAUCUGGACGAGGAGGCUUUAAGGCAGGACAGAAAGUUGUGGUUGAGCCUCAUAGACAUCCAGGAGUAUUUGUGUCAAGAGGAAAAGAAGAUGCCCUUGUAACUCUUAAUUUAGUUCCUGGAAUUACUGUUUAUGGAGAAAAGAAAAUAGCUGUUGGGACUGGUGAUGAUAAAAUUGAAUACAGAGCUUGGAAUCCAUUUCGGUCAAAACUAGCAGCUGCAAUAUUAAGUGGAGUUGGUAAAAUUUGGAUAGAACCAGGUUCUAAAGUUUUAUAUUUGGGAGCAGCGUCUGGGACAACUGUUUCCCACGUGUCUGAUAUAGUUGGUCCUGAAGGCCGUGUGUAUGCAGUGGAGUUCUCUCAUCGUUCAGGCCGGGAUCUCCUAAAUGUGGCUAAAUCCCGUUCCAACAUCGUUCCUAUUAUCGAAGAUGCCAGACACCCUCAAAAAUAUCGUAUGUUGGUGCCGACUGUUGACGUUAUUUUCGAAGAUGUGGCCCAGCCAGACCAAUCUCGCAUAAUGGCCCUUAACGCACAAUCCUACCUCCGGGCUGGAGGCCAUUACAUUAUAUCCAUUAAGGCAAAUUGUAUCGAUUCAACAGCUCAACCGGAGGCUAUAUUUGCUGGAGAGGUUCAAAAAUUGAGAGCUGACAAAUUAAAACCUAUGGAACAAAUAACUCUUGAACCUUAUGAAAGAGACCAUUGUGUUGUGGUUGGUGAAUAUAGGCCUCUAUUAAAGAAAAAAUAACAUUGGAAUACAUGUAUAAUGAAGAUAUUCAUUUUAUUGCACGAACGUACAACUUUUAUAUAAUAAUAGAAAUACUCUGUAAAUAUUAUUGUAAAUUUACUAUUAGCAUAAAUAAAUGUUUAACAUAAACGAGAAA